AUGACAUCUACACAAUAUUUAGGAAGUAUUUUCAAUUCGCAUCCUUUCAAGUUCCUCGUCGGCCCUGGGAGGAAGGAAUUCACCAUGCACUCCGCCCUCGUCUCGCAUCAGUCUAAAGCUCUGGACACACUCGUUAAUGGGGGCAUGAAAGAGGCUAUCGAAAAGUGUGUUGUCUGGGACGAGACGGACGAGGAAACAUUCAUUCGGUUUUGCCAGUUCGCGUACACCGGAAGUUACGAUGGAGCAGACCCCGAGAAACGAAAAACAGCAGAUCUCACCACUAUUCUGGAAAGGGCCAGCGAAUCUGAGGCCGACAUUGUGCAUUUUCCCACAAGACACAAAGCUAAAAGACACGUUGCCCCUUUAUCUCCCGAUUCAUUCACGAACAAAAAGGAAUUCUUAUGGUACACCUUUACGAGUCUUCACCCAGACCCAGACCCCGAGGUCAAGUCUCAAGCACGCCACAUCGAACCGGAAGACGACUGCACUGACGUUUUCCUUUCACAUGCACGGAUCUAUGUUUUUGCAGACUAUCAUGGCAUUGACGGCCUGCAAACUCUAGCCCUUCGCAAUCUCAGGCGAGCUUUGACACAGUUUACGCUCUGCGAAGAAGGCUCCUGGGAUGUAAUCAAGCUCGUAGAGUAUUGUUUCAAAAAUACGUGGGACAAAGAAGAACAGCCCGAUCCAUUGAGAACCCUAGUUUCCACCUACACUGCCUGCAAAUUCGAAGAGUUAUGGAUGAACCAUCGGUUUCGAGACCUUAUGGACAGCCUGAGCGAGUUCCCCAAAUGUUUGCUUACGGAGAUAUUGCAUCGACUGGAUUAA